AGGGUGCUUCUUUUGCUUCUUCUAAACUCAGGCAUCUCAGCCUUUGAGGGGAGCGGGAGCUUUUCCGCGUUUUGCUUUUGCUUGAGUAUAAGCACAAAGAGGGAAGCCGAGGAGUUUGCUUGAUGUUUUAGGGCAAUGGACGUAAGAUUUUAUUCGCCACCGCCACCAGCACCACCUCAGUCGGGCGCCGCUCCUGAUACCCCCUGUCUGGGACCUUCGCCUUGCUUGGACCCCUACUACUGCAACAAGUUUGACGGUGAAAAUAUGUACAUGAGUAUGACAGAGCCGAGCCAGGAGUAUGUGCCAGCCAGCCAGUCUUUUCCUGGUCCAAGCCUUGAAAGUGAAGAUUUUAACAUACCUCCCAUCACUCCACCUUCAUUACCUGACAAUUCACUAGUGCAUUUGAAUGACACGGAAUCUGGUUACCCUUCACUGUGUCACCCUCUCAACCAUAAUGGCCUGAUUCCGUUCCACCCCCAAAAUAUGGAUCUACCUGAAAUCACAGUCUCUAAUAUGCUUGGCCAAGAUGGAACGAUGCUUUCAAAUUCUUUGUCUGUGAUGCAGGAAUUACGGAAUGCAGAAGGAACUCAGUAUAAUUCCCACCCCCAGAUAGCAGCCAUGAGGCCCAGGGUCCAGCCUGGAGACAUGAGACAACCAGGAAUAAUGCAACAUGGGCAGCUGACAACUAUUAACCAGUCACAACUAAGUGCUCAACUUGGUUUAAAUAUGGGUGGAAACAAUGUUCCUCACAACUCUCCAUCUCCCCCUGGUAGCAAAUCUGCUACUCCUUCACCUUCCAGUUCAGUUCAUGAAGAUGAAGAAGAUACAUCAAAGAUCAAUGGGGGAGAAAAAAGACCUGCCUCUGACAUGGGAAAGAAACCCAAAACUCCCAAGAAGAAGAAAAAGAAGGAUCCUAAUGAGCCACAAAAACCUGUUUCUGCCUAUGCAUUAUUUUUCCGAGACACUCAAGCAGCUAUUAAGGGCCAAAAUCCAAAUGCUACUUUUGGCGAAGUUUCUAAAAUUGUAGCAUCUAUGUGGGAUGGCUUGGGAGAAGAGCAAAAACAGAUAUAUAAAAAGAAAACUGAAGCUGCUAAGAAAGAAUAUCUGAAGCAGUUAGCUGCAUAUAGAGCAAGCCUUGUAUCAAAGAGCUACAAUGAGCCCGUGGAUGUUAAGGUUUCUCAGCAGCCUCAGAUGAUGAGUCCAAAGCAGCCAGUAUUCCAUGCAUCCACACAGCCUCAUUCAGCAAUGUACUUAGGUUCCCAUUACCAUCAACAAACAGGAAUAAAUCCUCAUAUAACAGCCAUACAUCCCAAUAUUCCAAGGAAUAUAGCACCUAAGCCUAACAACCAAAUGCCAGUGACUGUUUCAAUAGCCAACCUGGCUGUAACUCCUCCACCAACCCUUCAGAUGAGUCCUCCAAUUCAUCCACAUCUCAGUAUACAACAACAUCAGACACUUACAAUGCAGCAAUCCAUUGGAAAUCAGCUGCCGAUGCAAGUGCAGUCUGCUAUACAUUCACCAACAAUGCAACAAGGUUUUACUCUCCAGCCUGAUUACCAGAAUAUUAUCAAUCCAGCAUCUACAGCUGCACAAGUUGUUACCCAAGCAAUGGAAUAUGUUCGUUCAGGGUGCAGAAAUCCCCCAGCACAGACUGUGGAAUGGAAUAAUGAUUACUGCAGUAAUGGGGCCAUGCAGAGGGACAAAGCGCUGUAUCUUACCUGAAAAUAUUUGGAAAUACAUCUCUUCUUUUCACUGAGGAAUGCAGGAAAGUCUUUUCAUCAUGGAUUGCUUUUUGCAGUCGAGGCAGUUCUGCAUUUAUUUAGAACAUAUAAGUCGCUAAGCACUUAGGACUAUUUUUGCUGGUGGGUCAUUCACUCUGGGAAAAAAAUGUCUUGUUCCUCCACCCCUCCUUUCUUUUUCUUUCUCCUUCCUUAAAUGGACAUUGCUUUUCUUCCUUCCUUGCAGAAGGAGGAUUGGACCAUUUGAAUUUUGUUGGU